GGACAAAUCAGUCCAGUAGUGGAAUAAAAGAGGUGCGCCAAGUAAUAUUGAAGGUGCGCCGAGAACGUCCGUUUUCACAAGUUCGGCAACUUGUGUAAAAGCACAGCGUAAUAGACAUCAAUGACACAUUUGGAUAUGGUUGUUCAGCCGAAUCUGCGGCAAAAAGCUGAUUCAAAGAGGCAACGAAUUUACGCCAACAGAGAGAAUGAAGAACGGAUGUCUGUAGACGAAGAGGGAGACGGGGUCGACGAGGGAGAGGAUGAAGACGAAGACGGCGAAGAAGAGGAUGAAAAAUACUGGUGGGAGGAUGAAGACGACGGGAUGCCGAAUUGGUAUCUCAGGAGUUACCUUUCACCCGACGAUGAAGACCGCAAGGAGCCGAUUGAUGCUUGUCCGUGUCGCGCGCAUAAUCUUGGUGAUCGCAGCAAACAGAUUAAUUUAGCUGGCCUUUCAGACGUGGUGGAGUUGAUUAGCGUCGAGAUUCGUGGAGAUGGGUGUCCUGACUUGAGCAAAAUCUGGGGAAUUGUCGAUGUUCAUGGGAUCUAUGGACACAUUUUGUUUGAUGUGAAGAAAAGUGACGCAACUGCCCCCUUACCACCGUCAUCUUCCAGCGCGAAACUGCAACUUCCCUUAAAUCGGGGGCCUAAUCGCCCGGAAGGCUGUCAAAUGAGUGAGAAAUAUGCCAUCUAUGUCUGUCUGAGGGAGAAAGGUACUGGCAAAUCGCUGGUAUAUGAUGAACUUUCUGGUGAGGCUCCCUGUAUGUACGCGGAACUCUAUUUUGAUGGAAAACUUACCCCUGCUGCCUCUUUUUCAGAAGACUUUAGAAAGUGUAAGGCCAACCCUUAUGGGCUUAGAGAAGAAUACCUUACUUAUGGUCCUUCUAGGCUUCCAACUCCAAUCUUGGCCAAGUGGAUUGUUCAUCCUCUUGCUCUUCGAGCUGCCAUAAGAAUGGAGGUUUUGUUUCCAGCGGACAAGGGAGGCAGCAAUGAUGAUUGCUUGAAGCUUUACGGGGAGGUCACUGCUAGUUCCUGCAGAGUUAAGAAGCUCAAAACCCUGCUUUUCCACCACCAGUCCGAAGAAGGAAUACAAGUUACUCGCCUAGAACCUGGAAUUCCUCUUUCCAGAUCAGUCGUUGCUGUGUCGUUCUUAUUCUCGCUCCGACUCCAAUUGAGUCUACAUGUUGUGGGCAGAAUGCCUUUGCCUGAUGUGCAAGAAAUGCUAAUCUUUCAUGCAUUUCCAGGAAAGCAUGAAAAGACUACUACUGCAUUUGGUGAUGGAAGUGGGGGAGUAAAAAUUAAAGUCUCCAUAGACCUUAGUACAUCUGAGUUAUUUAAUCCUGACUACGCUAUAGAGGCACGGAAGAGGUUUCUUAAAAAAAAAUUGUAGGAGUUCAGGUGUGUGUGACGUGAUAUUUUAUGGCAUAUAAGCCCGACCAUCUUUUAGUGUAGACUUGUCUAAGUUUGUUCUCUUGCAUUACCCAUUAGAAGCAGUUUCUCUUUUUCAUUAUGCAUCCUUCUCUUCAAGUUUCAUGAAUGACAAUGUGCUGAUUUCCAUCAAUCUAUUUGGAAAAAUGGUAAGCCCAACUGUUCUGAGUGUUUGCUUGAGUUGGAGACGGGGGAUUGGGAUUACAUAUGAACGGAGGCAAGACAACAUUUCUCAUUCAUGAGUACCUGUAGGUUUGUGAUUGCAUCAUUAUGUUGUAAACUCUGCUUCAUUGUAAUACUAUUAACAAUUAUCAUUGUUAUUAUUAUCUUUUUGUUGUUCUGUAAGACUGCUUCUGUAUUGCUACUUUUGAAAAAAUAAAGCAUGGUCUUAGUAUUUAUGCAAUUCUUUUCGUUGCCAAGUACGUAGUAGCUGUUUACAUAUUGAAGGCUGAGGCUUGAGGCUUGUAAUGACGUGGCUUUAGCCAUAGAUUCAAAUGAAGGAAAAAAUGUAAAAUUUUAUGCAACAAC